AUGGGAUUACUUGGUCUCGUGUUAUUGAUCGUAUCAUUUGCUUUACCGAAAUGCUAUGGUAGUAUAGAGUCAUGUCCAAAGACUGGCAUAGCCUUCCUCGUAGCUGGUUCAACUUUGUUUAGCGGAAGUGUUUUCAUGGCGCUUAUUAUUGGUGGUUGUGCUUACUCCAAGCUUAAGAAACAGUUUAGUGAUUUGAACGAUAUUGAAAGUCGAGAACAACCAAUCAUCUGGCGAUUAGAUAGCGUAGAAUGGAUACGCUAUUUAAACUAUAUUCAUGGUCCCAAUCAACAAUGGACUGAAGUGGCACCCGUAUCAUCUUUCUGUUGUCGACGUGCAUCCUAUAAUCGAUUGAUCGAUCGUCAAUACGGCCACAUUGUCUUGUAUAAAAAUGGUUUAAUAAUUGAUGAAUUGCAUUUUAUUUCAUUUCGACAAUACUCAUUGCAAGGUGUACAAUUACUUCAUGUUGAUCAACAGGGAUACAUAUUAGGUUUUAGGAUCCAUACCUAUUUAAAAAGCAAGUGA